AUGGUUGAUGGUAAGCCUGGAAAGGACACCAGAAAGGCCAAGACAAAGGUGGUUUCCCACUGGCAGAGAGCUGGCUUGCAGUUUCCGGUGGGCUGUAUUCAUCAACACCGGAAAUCGAGAACAACCAGCCAUGGAUGUGUGGGCAUGCCCGCAGCUGUGUACAGCGCAGCCAUCCGGGAGUACCUCACCACAGAGGUACCUGGAUUAGCAGGAAAUGCAUCAAAAGACUUAAAGGUAAAGCGUAUUACCCCUGCUCAUCUGCAGCUUGCUAUUGGUGGAGAUAAAGAAUUAGACUCUCUCAUCAAGGCUACAAUUGCUAGUGGUGGUGUCACUCCACGCAUGUGCAAAUCUCUGAUUGGGAAGAAAGGACAACAGAAGCGUGUCUAA